GAACCCGAUCCACUCUGGGGAAAUCGUGUCCUUUACAUAGCAUUCACCCCCAACUAUUUCGUCUUCCACUAUCCAUCGUUGGGUUUGGGUCCUGCUCUGGCCAAGGCAACCUCUGCUCGUCACCUACUUCGAGUUAGACUUUACGCCAGGCAGUCAUGCCCGAUCUAAAGAAGCUCUUCAAUAACUGGACGAGCAAGAUGGCCGUCUUCGAAGAGCGGAUCAAUGCCUCUACCUUCGGCCGCAUUUUCCGCCUCGACGGCUCUGGUCAUCCUGAUGCUAUCCGUGGCGCCAGCUUCACUCGAGAGAUCCGUGCUGGAUUCACAACCUUUGCCACUAUGGCUUACAUUGUUGCCGUCAAUGCCGCCAUCCUCGCUGAUUCCGGAGGUACAUGCGAAUGCCCAGCUGGGUCACCGCGUGGCUGUCAUAAAGAUCCUGCCUACCAGAACUGCCUGGUUGGAUUAAAACAGGAUCUCGUCACCGCAACUGCAGCGCUGACGGGUCUCGCCAGUAUCGCCUUUGGCUUCUUGACCAACCUGCCAGUCGCGCUCGGACCCGGCAUGGGAAUGAAUGCAUAUUUUACCUACCAGGUCGUUGGCUGGCAUGGUACCGGCGAAGUCCCUUACCGAGUUGCCCUCACAGCUAUAUUCGUUGAAGGACUUAUCUUUGUCUUCCUUGCUCUUACCGGAAUGCGGCAGUGGCUAGUCCGAAUGAUCCCGGCUACCAUAAAGACCGCUUGUGGUGUCGGCAUCGGCUUGUACCUAACUGAGAUUGGACUGUCCUAUUCAACAGGCAUUGGCGCCAUUACCGGAGGAUUUUCCACUCCGCUAGCUAUCGGCGGAUGCCCCCCAGAGUACCUCAACGACAGAGGAGAGUGUAGCAGCCACAUCAUGGCAAAUCCGGCGAUGUGGAUCGGAAUCUUCAUCGGCGGCAUAUUGGUCGCUUUCUUGAUGGCCUUCAAGGUCAAGAGUGCCAUUAUCAUUGGCAUCGCCCUCGUAUCCAUCAUGUCUUGGCCUCGCAAUACUUCGUUUACGUACUUCCCCCACACCCCCGAUGGCGACGAACGAUUUGCAUUUUUCAAGGAGGUCGUCGCAUUCCACCCCAUUAAGUCCGUCUUGGCCGUCCAGGAGUGGGAUCUAGGGGGGACCAGCGGAACCCAGUUCGCCCUGGCACUGGUUACUUUCCUUUACGUCGAUAUUAUCGACUGUACUGCAACCCUGUACUCCAUGGCCAAAUUUUGCGGUGUGGUCAAAGAAGACGGUAGCUUUCCUCGCUCGACCCUUGCGUAUUGCACCGAUGCGAUCAUGAUCUCCAUCAGCUCUCUACUCGGCUGUUCGCCCGUUACCGCUUUCAUCGAGAGCGGCGCUGGGAUUGCCGAGGGAGGUCGAACCGGACUGACUGCGAUCUCGACUGGUUUCUGCUUUCUGAUAUGUUUGUUCUUUGCCCCGAUUCUCGCGUCUGUUCCUCCCUGGGCCACAGGAUCGACUUUGGUCUUGGUUGGCUGCCUGAUGAUUCGUCAAGUCGUCAACAUCAACUGGCGGUACAUCGGCGACGCUGUUCCCUCUUUCGUAACCCUAGCCUUCAUGCCGUUCAGUUACAGUGUCGCCUAUGGCCUGAUUGCGUAUGUUUUUCACCUUUUGAAUGUUCCCAGGUAGGAGGGACGUGAGCUAAUCCCAUUAUACAGUGGUAUGAUGGUUUACCUUACCCUGAACGCGAUGAUCUGGGUCGUCGUACGGCUCUCCAGCGGCCGAGUUACGCCGUCGAAUUGGCACCAGAAGGAGGUUUACAACUGGACAUUGGGAAUAAGGGAUCUUCCUGGUUGGGUGCGGUCCUCGCUGCUGAAAAUCAUACCUAUCCGCACUCAGGUGGACGACGACCGCAAAGAUGGUGUCGAAUUAAUUGAUAAUGAUAGCACCAUGAACGCCACCACCAAGACGAGUUCUCGAGGCGGAUCGGCCG